AUGGCUGCAGCUGGUAGCGGCAGUUUCCAGGACGGACGUAUUGCCUCGAAGAGUCUCAUGAUGCUCGUGGCCCUACUUCUCGUCUCCUGCUGUCUCGGCCAUGGCUUCGGCGAUGAGGAUCAUGUCGAGGUGGAGGGAAUCGGCAGCAGUUGCAUGGAAAGCGAGAGGAGAGCUCUCCUCGCCAUCAAAUCUGAUAUGUACGACCCCGACAACUGGUUUUCUUCUUGGACCGGCAAAGACUGCUGUGGGUGGAGAGGUGUGGCCUACGACAACACCACCGGCCAUGUCACCAAGCUCGACCUCCGCUACCCCUACACAUACACAUACGAUAUGUGGGAUGUGUUUUACGAUGUGGAAACAAUAGGCGCCAGCAAGGUAAAUCCAUCUUUGCAAGAACUGAAGCAUUUGAAGUAUUUGGAUUUGAGCAUGAAUAACUUCUCCCACGCCCCUGUGCCCACAAUGAUCGCUUCACUGGUCCACUUGGAAUAUCUCAACCUAUCUAAUGCCAUGUUCGAUGGACCAAUUCCUCCUCAGUUCGAGAACCUCUCAAACCUACACUAUCUCGACCUUCACGGAUGGUAUGAUGAUUUACAUGUUGAUGAUCUCGAUUGGCUCUCCCGUAUUCCUUCUCUAAAAUAUCUUGACAUGAGUUAUGUCGACCUCUCCAAGGCGACCAAUUGGUUUUAUGUAAUUAAUUCCAUUCCCGCACUUGAAGUGUUGCGUUUGAGCCAUGCAGACCUGCCAUAUGUUCCAUCUCCUUUGCCCACUUUUAAUCUGACAACCAUCGCUACGUUGGAUCUAUCUGGGAAUUCCAACAUCACGUCUGCCAUGCUAAGAUGGCUUUCUAACGCCACCAGCCUCGAGAACCUCCUUCUUUCUGGCUGUGGGAGUCUCACUAUCGAGUCGGUACAAGUUGCUCUAGGAGCUCUCCUUAAUCUGAAGGAAUUGGAUUUAUCAGGCAACUCCCUUAAAGGAGAAAUUCUUGGAAUUCUGAACAAUGUCAGUAGCAGGGGCCUGAAGCACUUGGAUUUGAGCUCCAAUCAAUUAUCUGGAGAUAUUCCUCCAGGGAGCCUUAGAGACCUGGAGUACCUAGACUUAUCAUGGAAUUUUAAUGUCAUCGUACAUAUAUUAGCUUCUCUGGGGAAUUUCACAAACUUGCGACAUUUAGGGUUGUCGGACAAUUCAAUCAGCGGAGAAAUUCCACCGACCGUGGGAGAUUCUGUCCGAUUGGAGUUCCUAGAUUUGUCCAAUAAUGACAUCAUUGGAGAAAUACCACAGAGCAUCGGCAACCUCAGUAACCUAUUGGAAUUACAAUUAUCAGGCAACAAAAUUGUGGGAUGGAUACCACCGAGCAUCGGCAACCUCACCAACUUGAUAAUCUUAGAUUUAUCAUACAACAAUAUCGUCGGAAGUAUUCCAGAGACUUUUGGUGCUCUCAUCCGUAUGAAGUUAUUAUAUCUCGAUGACAAUCAAAUUUCUGGAGAAAUACCAUCGACCAUUGGGGGUCUUCAAAACCUACAGACGUUGAUUUUAAAAGAUGAUGCUGGAGUCAAACAAGAAGAAGAUGAUGAUGGUGAUAAGCUUGAAACAAUAAUAUUAGAUGUUGCUAGUAUCCUCAUGGGAUUCAUAGUUGGCUUGUGGGGUUUCUAUUUAUGUGCGGUUGAAAGCUGA